AUGAAUUAUAAUUAAAAUAUUGAAUUUUAAUAAAUAAUAAUUGAUUUUUUUUCAGGAUUAACCGGUGGUGUUAUAUCAGUAACAGCAUGUGCUCCUUUAGACAUUAUAAGGACUAGACUAAACAUGAUGAAUUCAGAAAAUUCAAAAAUAAAGUAUACAGGGUUUAUUGAUGCAUUUAAAAAAAUAAAAAAAUUAGAAGGACUAAAAGGAUUUUUUAAAGGUUAUAAUGCCACCAUUGUUAGUGUUCCACUAUUUCAUUCUUUAUUUUUUACAAGCUAUAAUUAUUUAAAAUCAUAGAUUAAUUAAAUUUAUGGCAAUUAAAAUUUAGCUUUAUAACAUCUCGUAUCUUCAAUUAUUUCUGGAUUGAUAUGCGAUAUAAUUACUAAUCCGUUAUGGGUAGUAAAAACAAGAAUUUAAGUACAAUAUAUGCAUUAAAACCAAAAUCAUUAUAAUAAAGGAGUAUUAAAUACACUAAUUAAAAUAAAAAAUGAAGAAGGUAUUUUUGCAUUAUAUAAAGGAUUGGGAGCUUCCAUAAUUGGAUUAUCACACGUUGCAGUUUACUUUCCUAUAUAUGAAUAUAUAAAAUAGUUAAUUUAAACAUAAAAAAAUUGUUAAUAGUUGAAUUUUUUUGAUAUUUUUUUAGCUUCUGUUAGUUCAAAAACUAUUGCUUGUUGCAUCACUUAUCCACAUAUUGUAAUUAGAACCAGAAUAAUUAACUUCUUGCUUGAUUAUAAUUCCCUCCAAAACGAUUCACUUCAAAUGAAUUCACAUGUAAUGUCCAUAAUAAAAGACUUAACAGCAGGUUCAGUUGCAGGAUUAGCAAUUUGUCUAAGUGGACAUCCUUUUGAUACUAUAAAAGUGCGUUUAUAAAUGGAAAAAAAUUAAACAUUUUCAAAAUGUAUUAUCAGUAUGUAUAAAUAAGAAGGAUUAUUUUCAUAUUACAAAGGGAUGGAGUCACCUUUAGUUACUGUUCCUUUAGUAAAUGCUUUUGUUUUUGGUUCUUAUGAAUUAUAUAAGAAAUUAAUGCAUGUAGAAAAUGAAGAUAAAUUUACUUUUCUUAAUGGCUUAUUUGCUGGAUUUUUCACAGGGUUUGCAAAUUGUAUUUUAAUUGGUCCGAUUGAAUUGGCUAAAUGUCGUUUACAAAUGUAGAAAAAUGAGAAAAUUCAUAAAGGACCCUUCGAAUUGUUUUAUAAAAUAUAUAAAAAAGAAGGAAUAAAAGGUAUUUAUAGAGGCACAGUUGCUACUUAGUUUAGAGAAAUACCUUGUUAUGGUGCUUAAUUUGCAAGUUAUGAAUUCUUUAAAGGCAUUUGUAUUAAAUAUAUUAAUGAAGGAAAAGAUAUUACACAUUUGUAAACAUUUAUAGGGGGAGGAUUUGGCGGGAUUAUGGGAUGGGUUGCUUCUUAUCCAUAAGAUAUUAUAAAAACAACCUUAUAAUGUGAAACUGGGAAAAUAUAAGAACUAGAUGGAGGAUUUUCAAGAGUUGGUAAAUAAAUUUGGUAAAAUGAAGGAUUCUUUGGAUUUUGGAGAGGAUUUAGUGCUUGUUUAACAAGAGCUUUUUAUGCAAAUGCAAUCGGAUUUUUAGCCUAUGAAAAUGCAAAAUCCUAUCUUUAGUAAGAUAUAGAUGAUAAAAUUGAAAAAUUAAACUAAUUUUGAAUUUGAUUUUUUUUUUUUUAAUAAAUAUGAAAUAAUAAA